AUGAGCGGUCUCUUGCUGUACUUGGAGAUGGCGUCGUACGGCAAAUGGCUGUUCAAUCAGACUCGCAGCCUCAGCCGGGCGAACCCAUCGUAUCAACUCGCUGUCGUGGGCAACUUUUUGGUCGCGUCCCUGGGCACGCAGGUUUCCGGCACAGAGAGCGUCGAGCUAGCCUGCAGGGAAAUUUCCCUUUUUUUUUUCGCCGUUGGGAGCCUCUACCUGCUCCUAGUGUUCUUCGCCAUCCAGCACAACUCGGCGGACAACGUGGAGCACCCUUCCAGCGCUGCUGCUCGGCCCUCGGUGGAUCCGACCCCAGGCAUCUCCACGGACCGUCGUGUUGACGGACGAGUUGGCGGAAAAGAAGAAGCCAGAACGGGUGAUCCCACGGGGAGGGCAAACACCGGGCGGGUACACAGCCAGCAGGAACAAGUUCCACACCCUUCUCCACCACAUCCGCCGGUUUCGGCGGCGGUUGUCUCCGGGUGGGGGCACAAGCCAUCCAAGCUCGUCUCGCGUGGGAAAAAGAACGGAGAAGAGGAAUCGGGGGACAGGAACGGCGUUGGCCCUCCGGAGGGAAGCUCCCGGUACUCUGGCCGGCUGCACGACAACACGUUCAGCGCGACGGCUCCCUCGCUCUCUGGCGCCGAAGAUGCGCCCAUGGCCGAGAGUGAGGACGCGCCGGCUGUAGCAGAAAAGGGCAGGGCCCACCUCGAGGUCGAAAACGAAGACAUCGAGAACAACCUCGGCGCUCGUUCAUCGGACAUUUCGUCCGCCACGUCGUCGCACGCGCAAGGUCUGGGUCGCGGCGGUGGCGACGGCGUGAGGUCCGCACGCGACCGGAGGGUUCCCAAGCCGGCGCAAGAGAAACCUUCCACCCGACCGCACACGCUGUGGGGAGAGUCCGCCGGAGCGGCUGCCGUCUUCCCUCGUCACGGGCGUGGUCGCAGCAGCUCGAGCAACGUCCGCGUUGGCACACCAGAUCGGCACCCAAAACGGGCAGAGGCGAAGGACGCCGCCGUCUUUCGUCGCACACCCAGGUCCACGUUGGCUCCGCGCGGUGCCCCCAGGGGAACCCCUAGGAGCAUGCUCCUAAGCAGAGCGUUACACCCCAUCUAUUUCUUGUUCAUCGCUCCCCCUUCGGCGGCGGCGAUCGCCUGGACGCGCAUCACCGGAGAGUUCGACGAUCUGUCCAGGUCCCUGUACUUCAUCGCCGGGUUCUUGUACAUGUUCUUUGUGCUGGGCAACUCGAGCUUCCUGCGGACGGCCUCGUUCAGCGUCGCCUGGUGGGCAUACUCCUUCCCAUCAGCAGCAGGAUCUCUCUUCGCUCCCGACCCGGUUCUCUCGGUCCUGCUGGAAGAGCCGCCUUAG